AUGAAUACUGUCGAGCAAGCCAGCACUAUCGAUCGCCUUCGAGACUACUACGACUUGACGCUUUUCCGGGAUCGAAAGAUGUGCGAGUUGGGCAAAAUUUCUGUGGCCCGACAGUCCAAAGAGUACGGCAAGCGCAUACCAUUUUCAGACCUGCCGAAAACGUUCCAAGACGCUGUGACUGUAGUACGUAAGCUCGGACUCACACAUCUAUGGAUCGAUGCCCUUUGUAUAGUGCAAGACGACGAGGCGUCGUUGUCCAAGGAGAUCAGUAGAAUGAACGAGGUGUACGCUGGCUCUACCUUCACUGUUGCCUUGGCCAAUGCUCCAGAGACGGACGCAGGCUUCCUGGGGACGAGAUGGCCGUUGUCCUGGCAGGAUUGUUGGCUUACCGAAGAGGGGAAUGUCAACAUCGUUGCCCAUGCGGAUGCAGGCCAACAACAUUCUGCUAUGCCUGGAUUCUGUCCUCUCGAUAAGAGAGGAUGGGUAGUACAGGAAAGAUUACUGUCUCCUCGUACCAUCUACUACGGCAAAGAGCAUAUAUUCUGGGAUUGUAGACAGACCUCAGACCACGAGCAGCAACCUUUCGAAGGCUCCAAUGCAUACGGCGGAGCUCAAAAGGAAGAGGACAAGAAAUUCAAUAUUCGGGAGCAUGACGUCCUCCUGGACAAUGGCAUGACAGGAAAGCUAAAGCGUUGCUACAGCAAGCUCCAGAUGCUGGACGUUGAUGGACGCGAUCUGAUGUGGGAGUCGAUACUGCGAACAACCUGGCAUCUCAUUGUUUCAGCUUACACGAAUUCGACGCUAUCGCUCGACCAAGAUAAAAGUCGUGCGUUGGCAGGAGCUGGUGCUCUGAUCCAGAAGAAAUUCAGCAUGAAGGCGUCUUUUGGCCUAUGGCAUGAUUUCUUCUUGACGGAUCUUCUCUGGUUUCCGCUUCGAGCAGAGGGACCGCAUCCGGACCCGGAGCUAUUUGAUCGAGCGCCGUCCUGGUCCUGGAUGGCACGAAACCGAGCAGUGUAUAACCCUUGGAUAGUAGACAUGGCUUCUCGUGCCAUGUUUGACGGCAGGUACGCUUAUCUCAUCGAUGCACAGCUGAAGGCUGAGCUUAUAACGCUGCCCGAGCCUACAGAAUUCAGCGUCGCUCUAGGCCAGAUACACGACUUCGGACCAUAUGCCACUCGUCUUCGUGGUCCUUUGCUCAAAGUCAAGUGGGGUCAGGACAUGACAGAGCGGCCAGAUGAAUGGCGGCAUGACAAUGGAUAUUUUGUUACGACUGACCGAAAGCUUGCGUUGGAGCGGGAGUCAGACCAUGAGCAUGAGCAUAGGAAUUUCCGUGCUGACUACAUUUUACCUGCCGACCUGGACCUAUUCUGUCUGCUUGUCACGGAGACCAGAAAUGAAGCUAAAGGAAUGAUCGACAAGCAGCUGGGACUCAUUUUGGAGAAGAUGGAUGGACCCGAUCGUUAUAGGAGGGUUGGGGCCUUGCAGCAUGCCCUUUCCGACCGCGCAUGUGAAGCUUGUGCAUUAUUCCCGGACGAUGCGCCCAUCGCCGAGGUGGACAUCAUCUGA